AUGAUGAAGGCCAUGGAGGAUCAAGUAGUCCAAGAAGAACCGGGAUACCAGGAUGAUGAGGAAUCCUUUUUUCAGGAUAUUGACCUGCUACAGAAGCAUGGAAUUAACGUAGCAGAUAUUAAAAAAUUGAAGUCAGUUGGGAUCUGCACGAUCAAAGGAAUCCAGAUGACCACAAGACGGGCUCUGUGCAAUGUAAAAGGGCUUUCAGAGGCCAAAGUGGACAAGAUUAAAGAAGCUGCAAACAAGCUUAUUGAACCAGGCUUCCUGACUGCCUUUGAGUACAGUGAAAAACGGAAGAUGGUAUUUCAUAUUACUACUGGCAGCCAGGAAUUUGAUAAACUUCUGGGUGGUGGGAUUGAAAGCAUGGCAAUCACUGAGGCCUUUGGAGAGUUCCGGACAGGCAAAACACAGCUAUCUCACACCCUUUGUGUGACGGCUCAGCUUCCAGGACCAAAUGGCUACACAGGUGGAAAGAUUAUCUUCAUUGAUACUGAAAACACUUUCCGACCAGACCGUCUUCGUGACAUUGCUGAUCGUUUCAACGUUGACCACGAUGCAGUACUUGACAAUGUGCUGUACGCACGUGCAUAUACGAGUGAACAUCAGAUGGAAUUGCUUGACUAUGUAGCAGCCAAGUUCCAUGAGGAAGCUGGUAUCUUCAAGCUAUUGAUCAUUGACUCCAUAAUGGCACUUUUCCGAGUGGAUUUCAGUGGUCGUGGAGAGUUGGCUGAACGACAACAGAAACUUGCUCAGAUGCUGUCAAGGCUCCAAAAAAUAUCAGAAGAAUAUAAUGUGGCUGUGUUUGUGACCAACCAGAUGACUGCUGAUCCAGGAGCAACUAUGACCUUUCAGGCGGACCCAAAAAAGCCCAUUGGGGGCCACAUCCUUGCUCACGCUUCAACUACCAGGAUUAGUUUGAGGAAAGGGAGAGGGGAGCUGCGUAUUGCAAAGAUAUACGACAGCCCUGAGAUGCCUGAAAAUGAAGCCACAUUUGCAAUAACUACUGGAGGGAUUGGGGAUGCCAAAGAAUAG